CCAACUUUCAUGAUAGGCUAACACUCCAUACUGGUACCUGACUGCAAGCCGAGUCUCUAGUCCUCCCUCUUAGCACCAAAAUUGAUGCCUCUGGUGGCGUCUCAGUGAGAGAGACACCACCUUCGGCCCAUGGCCGAUAUUCUGCAGGCUCCUACACUAGGAAAGACUAAUAUUCUAAAGGAGAUACCAUACAACUCGUAGGCUACAAACCCUUUACAUCUGUUCUGCUCCGAGGGUAUUUUCUUUGAGUGUUCUCCAGCCAGAGGUAACCAUGUCCAGGAGGAAGGUUAGGGGACUGACACGAACGGGGCGGCAGGUGAGCGAGGACCCUGAUCUGGACAACCUGCUGUCCAACCUGUCCCCUGAGGAGAUGGAGGAGCUGGAGAAGGAGGUGUUGGUGAUACCGGACCUGGAUCCCAACGAGGGAAUAGAACAGCCUGCCACUAACGCUGUCCGGGACCGGGAUGCUAAGCUGGACAGCCGAGAGCGUCCAGGGAAGCUCAGCCAAAGGGAACAGUCUAUUGAGGGAGAACCCAAGAAGGAGAGCCGGAAACAAGAGUACCUGAGGAAGAUGGGCCUGAGUCAGGAGGAGAAGGAAGGAGGAGGGAUCAGGAGGCAAUCAAGUAUCUCCACUGAACGAGAGAACAAGAUGGUGGAGAGAAAUAACAAAGGCCCAGACUGUACUAAAGAGGACAGAGCCAGCCUGUCCAGUAGAUACAGGAGAGAGGAGAGCAAAGAAAAAGAUGUGAAAGAGACCCCUAGAGAAAGCUUCAAAAGAGUUGAGAGUAGCGACACUGACGUGAAAGAUACAACUAGAGACAGAUUCGGGAAAGGGGAGAGUAGGGACAUUGUAGAGAAAGAGGAUGCCAAAGAAAGAGAUAAAAAUGAGGAUAGCAAGCUUAAGGAGAAAAGAGACAAUAGAUUGAGCACCAGUAAUAAGACAAAAGAAAUGAUCUCCAAGUUACAGGAGAAAAAGGAAAAAGAGGAGAUCAAGGAGAAAGAAAGAAAGGAGGAGAGUAGGAAAAGAGGUGAAAACAAGACAAGGGGACUUGUGUCAAAGUUGGUGGAAAAGCAAAGUCACAUUGAAGAGAGUAAACCAGAAGAUAAGAAAUCCAGAGUGGAAGAGAAAGACAAGCCCAAUAAAGACAAGUUUGACUUGAAACUUGAGCGUCAAAAGUCACCAAAAGAAGAGGAGAGUGGAAGUGAGAAGGAAGAUCCUAAGGAGAAAGUGAAAGAAGAUGGUAAGGAUAAUGAGAAAGACAUGGUGUUAAAACGUAAGGACAGUAUGAAAGCGAAAGAUAGGAGUAUCACAGAUAAGGAAACAGAAGAGAAAAAGGGAAAAGAUUUGAAUGAAGGACUAAAAUCCAUCAAGGGUGAUGAACAACGUGGGAACUGUGUGGCGAACAAGAGCACACCUAGCAAGCCCAAAGUAGAGGAGGAAGAAGACGAGGACUCCAGCAUGUUCGAUGACCUCAUAGAGCAGGUUCGCAGCAACGACCCCACCAUGACCGAGCUCAACGUCAACAACUCUGAGGUCAUCAAGGCUAAAACACUCAUCCAGUUUGCAGAGGUCUUGAAUAAAAACACCCACAUUAAGACAUUCGCCUUGGCCAACUGCCGUGCUGACGACCAUGUGGCCUACGCCAUCGCUGGCACCUUGCGCAGCAACACGUCCAUCACAAGCAUCAACCUGGACUCAAACCUUCUCACCCCCAAGGGUAUAAUGUCCCUGAUCCAGGCCUUGCAGAAAAACACUACACUCACUGAGCUGCGCUUCCACAACCAGAGGCACAUCUGUGGGGGCAAGACAGAAAUGGAAAUGACCAAGAUAUUGAAAGACAACACCACCCUCCUGAAGCUGGGCUAUGGCUUUGAGCUUGCCGGCCCACGCAUGACCAUGACCAACAUCCUGAGCCGUAACAUGGACAAGCAGCGACAGCGGCGCCUACAGGAGCAGAAGCUGGCCCAGGCCAAUGGUGAGAAGAAAGGGGCGCUGGAGGUCCCCAAAACUGCUGGAGGAUUCCUCCGGGGUUCCCCCAAGGCUUCCCCAACACCCUCCCCACAUCCCUCACCAAUGCCAUCGCCGAAGUUGACUCCUAAAAGAGGACGAGGAGGGGGACCUCCUCCACCCCCUCCUCCUGUAGCCACCCCACCUCCACCGCCCAUGCUGGACAUAGACUCCCUACGCAACUCCCUGACGCCUGCAUCACAGAGGAAGAUGGAUGAUAAGGCCAAUAAAGCCGGUGUUAACUCCAGGGACCAACUGCUGGACUCCAUUAGGAAUGCCAAUAUGAAGAAACUGAAGAAGGUUGCGGUACCAAAGCUGUUGCAGUAGUCCUCUGGAAUCGAGACCAUAACCCAAGAAAUAGGAAGGACAUAGAUCUCACAGGUGGUCUUGAGCGUGGAUCAAAACUCCUACACAUCCCAUGCAUAGAUAGACACACAGUCUGACCACUGUGCUGCGAGGUUGAUAAGGCAGGCAAGCAGAGAAUGAACAGAUGAUUUCUAUUGGAUGCACGGCUUCCACUGUGCCGUGAGUUCUCUCUAAGCUAUACACUGGACCGCAGGGACCCUGUGGAGGGAGUUUUUCAGCAGGACGUGCCCUGAGGUCCUAUUUGUCUGCCUUUGUCUGUGUUGAUACUUUGCCUGUUAUUUGCACUAGAUUAUGAAGAAGUUCAUAUGGUAUGUGGACAAGCAUAUGUGGCAUGACGUGUACAGUAUAAUGUGGGGGAGUGGUAACUGAAAAGCAGGUCAAACAGUUUUCUGUAAAUUCUAUACAAAUCUACUUUAACAUUCAUUGAAAAAUUGGACUGUAAUUUGACAGUUUAUUUAUUUGUGGAGGGAAUCACCUCGUGGCUUGUGACAUAUAAUUUUGCCAAAACUGCUGAUUCUCCAUGGUAUAUUAUCAGGGAAUUAAAAUGGGGUUAGACUUCAACAAUUCACAGGGGGAGGAGAGAGGUGGUUUGUAAUGUGUGUCGUUGCCAAAUCUCAAGACUGACAUCUCAGGCAAAGUUUUCACAUAAAAAGCAACCUAUAAUCCCAGUCUUCUUUGAACGAUUCAGUAUGAAGUUCAGUCUUCUUUGAACGAUUCAGUAAGGAAGUUCAGUCUUCUUUGAACGAUUCAGUAAGGAAGUUCAGUCUUCUUUGAACGAUUCAGUAAGGAAGUUCAGUCUUCUUUGAACGAUUCAGUAAGGAAGUUCAGUCUUCUUUGAACGAUUCAGUAUGAAGUUCAGUCUUUGAACGAUUCAGUAUGAAGUUCAGUCUUCUUUGAACGAUUCAGUAUGAAGUUCAGUCUUCUUUGAACGAUUCAGUAAGGAAGUUCAGUCUUCUUUGAACGAUUCAGUAAGGAAGUUCAGUCUUCUUUGGAUGUAAGAAUGGUCGCCCUUUUAGUAAUAACAACGUUAUGUAUAAAGCUAUUUUCAUACAUUUUGCUUAAAGUGCAAAAAAUAAUAAUUCUACCAGAAGAAAAAAAACGACACUAACAUGUCAGAGCAGCCUUGUUGUCAGAGCAGCCUUGUUGAGCUAUGCAAUACUAGCUCCCGAGUGGUGCAGCGGUCUAAGGCACUGCAUCUCAGUGCUAGAGGUGUCACUACAUACCCUGGUUCAAUCCCGGGCUGUAUCACAACCGGCCGUGAUCGGGAGUCCCAUAGGGUGGCGCACAAUUGGCCCAGCGUCGUCCUGGUUAGGGGAGGAUUUGGCCGGGGUAGGCCGUCAUUGUAAAUCAGAAUGUGUUCUUAACCGACUUGCCUAGUUAAAUAAAAAGUUAAAUAAAAUACAAAAUAAUAAUAAAUAAAAUAAAAACUUUAAAAUUGGAUGUGAUGUUGUACAGAGUGUCUCGCUGCUCUAAAAGUGACUAUUGAUUAUUUGUAUGCAUAAUGUGGUUUCUCUGUCAUAUUGGACUUCACUAACUUUACUUACAGAGCUUGUGUACCUUUAAUAAAAUGUACUUAUAUGUUUGCAAUUGAAAGUGUAAUAUAAUCAACUUUAUUUUAACAACUUUGCAAUGAAGUACAACAAGAAUAAAGGUAAAAAUACUUUGUCUAACAACAAGAUACCGGAUGAGGCAAUAUCUAUCCAUUAUUUGAUAGUACAGUACUGAUAAAGAAAAUGCGAGGGAUACUUUUACUGUAUUUUGUUUAAAUGUUAAACUUCUAUUAAAAAAUAUUUUCCUUUCAGGGGGACAUUCCCAUUUAAAAAAAAUCUUUAUACAUUUUCUUCUGCUUGAGAAGUAUUCAGUAGGCUAUGUCUGUCUAUUGCUUGGUUGACAGAAUCAGGAAUAAUUUCCAGCAUCUAUAUAAGAUAUGUUGUCUUGGUAGAGCCCUGUAACCUGCAAUGAUUUUGAAGCUUUGUGACCGAAUGGACCAUUCGGUGUGUCAUGCCUGAGUAUACAAUGUCAAAUGGAUCCUAAUAAAAUGUUUGCGUACACACA